AUGGCGCGAUCGUUCUUUACACGACUGAUCACUCUGUUUUUUAUCUUAACCGACCUCCAGAUCCAAUGCUGGGCCUUUGGCUUUCAUCAACGAGGAUUUUGUGCCACCGGUCCUCCAAAGGAAUCUUUGAAAAAGGCCCAUCAAGAUCUAAGCGCGCUGGAAUCGAAGCACGAUAGUGCUUCCGAAUCCAGGGAUCGCCAGAUAACGAAUCAAAUUGAGAUCGAUACCUGGUUCCAUAUUGUUUGUAGCGAAGCAGAUGCUGAGUUGGUAUCAGACACGAUGAUUGCUUCGCAGCUUUCGCACUUGCAAGAUGCAUACAGGAAUGCCUCAAUAUCAUAUCGGCUAAAGGGAGUCACACGAGAGAUAAAUGACACUUGGGCUCGUAACGACGAUGAAAUAGGCAUGAAAAAUGCCCUUCGCAAGGGAAGUUACAGCACGCUGAACGUGUAUUUCCAAAGUGAUCUUCAUGCAUCAUCUGAGGGCCACGGCCGGUUCACAUCCGUUCCCAGUGAACGUCAGUCCGAGAUAUCAAACCAAUUGUCAUCUAGUAUCCUUGGCUUCUGCACCAUGCCAGACCCUAGCAUCAAUUCCAGCACCCCCCGGGCAAGUUAUGCUAAGGAUGGUUGCAAUGUUCUCGCUAAAACUAUGCCAGGUGGUUCCCUUGCCCAUUACAACAAAGGUGGAACUGCAAUCCAUGAAAUUGGCCAUUGGAAUGGCCUUUUGCAUAUAUUUGAGGGGGAGUCCUGCGCCUCGGGGAACGAAGGAGACUACGUCGCAGACACACCGCAACAGUCCGAGGCAACGGAUGGUUGUCCCGCCCAGAAGAAUUCGUGCCCAAACCUACCCGGCUUCGAUGCUAUCCACAAUUUUAUGGACUACUCGUCUGACGACUGUUAUGAACAAUUUACCCCUGGUCAGACGAAACGGAUGCGGAGCAUGUGGUCGGCUAUGAGGGAGGGGAAAUGA